AUGACGAAAUCAAUUGACAAUAUAACAGUAAGAGCUGAGCUAUUCCGCAAAACAAAUGGUUACACUCCGUUCAAUUACAAAUUCAAUAUGGACUUUUGCGAACUGAAACGCUAUCCGCAACGUCAACCAGUCAUGGCUAUAUUCUUCAGAUAUUUGGAGCGGAAUAGUAAUCUGAAUCAUACCUGUCCAUAUGAUCAUGAUAUUAUACUGAAAAACUUCGUUAUGCCGGAUGAAGUAUUGAGACUGUUGCCAUAUCCCAAAGGCGAUUAUAUGGUGCAGUUGGGCUUCGCUAUAUACAAUACUUGGCUCGUUGAUGUGAAGGCAUUUGCACAGAUAGUCGAUUGA